AUAGAAUAAAAAAAGAAAAAAACUCCAAGCAACCGUUGGAACCAGCUUAUGAUUUCGGAAGGAAGGUUUUUCUGAUAUUAUUAAAACAUUAUAAUUAUAAUAAUAUAGACAUAAACAUAGAGUGAAAUAAAUAGUUUUAAUCUUUGAUAAAACUUUGUAGAAUGGUAGAAUAAGGACCGGAAUAAGGUAUGAAUUCGGAUAAGAUAGAUUUGGAGAAAUAAGUUAGCUAGCGAGCUAACGGGCGAGCUCGUGCGGUGUUUAGUUGAGACUACAGCCUCCGCUCGGUCACCAAGGCAACACACACUUCAGGUUUAACAUUUGGGAUUUUAUAACAAGCGGAAAUGCCUCUAAAGCUGACUACUCAGGCGUACUGUAAGAUGUUACUCCACGCGGCUAAGUACCCUCAGUGCGCCGUGAACGGGCUGCUGGUGGCCGAGAAGCAGAAAGACAAGAAGAAAGAGGGACACGGUGCCUCGGUGCUGUGUGUGGACUGUGUUCCCCUGUUUCACGGAUCUUUAGCGCUGGCACCAAUGCUCGAAGUGGCCCUGUCUCUGAUCGACACAUGGUGUAAAGAAAACAAAUACGUCAUCGCCGCCUACUAUCAAGCCAACGAACGUAUAAAAGAUGCGAGGCCGAGUCAGGUCGCAGAAAAAGUCGCUACGAGGAUUUUAGAAAACUUCAGCGAGGCAGCCAUGAUCAUUGUGGACAACAGCAAGUUCACUGUGGGAUGCUCUGUACCAACUCUGUCCAUCUACGAUCAUUCUGACAACAAGUGGAAGUGCAGAGACCCGAGCAUAGACUCGUUUGAGGACUGGACAGAAGCUCAGAAGAUCGCAUCCGCCUUGCUGGAGAACAGAUCCUAUGAUAACCUCAUAGACUUUGACAACCACCUGGACGACCUCAGGAACGACUGGACGAACCCCGAAAUCAACAAAUCCGUGCUGCAUCUAUGCUGAACCCGACAUCCAGCCAGAACCGCUCCACCCGCUCACGUCAUCAGCGCCAACACGGGUCCUCGCCGCAUCCUUACUGUAUUCUGACUUACACCUGGAGGAGAAAAGCUCAGAGAUGGUGGGGGGUGGGGGGGAUGGACAUUAGUGCGUCACACUUUAGGAGAGAUUAAGAGCGGUGUGAACUUCAUCUAAUGUUUUUACACAUUCACUCACAAGACAUACAGCGCCAGCUUCUCCGUUUUCAUCUUUGGGUAAAAGUAUGAACCGGUCACUGCAUCAUUACAUCACACACUUUCUUUUAUUUGUCUGUCAUGUUAUUAAAUCAGUGAAUCAGCACAGACCCCACCAGCUUUACACACUAAGGCGGUUUCAUACCACUCUCAUUAUUAUUAUUAUUAUUAUUAUUAUUAAAACAUACAAUUUUAAAAGAAUUUGGAUCAAUCCUUUGAGACUUAUUAAUCAGUCUCACAGACUCGGAUAAUAAUUAAAUCCAUCUAAAAUAAUGUCCAAUUUUUCACUUCACAACAUAAACAUGAUUAAUAUAUUAAUAAGCAUUUUAACAAGAGACAUUAGAAACAAAACAAAGUCUUAAUAUCUAAACCACUUUUUAAUCUCUGCCAUGUUUAAGUUUAGAUCAUUAAGGCACAGUCGAUAUUUAUUUGUUAAAAUUAGUCCAGUAAUAUUCAUGACUUAACGACUGAUAGAAUGAUGGUGUUUGUUUAUUAUUAAUAGAAUCUGAGUUUGAGAUCUCGCUGAUUUAAGUUGAGCUUUUGUAAAAACAAAAUGCCAAAAUAAAAUGUUUUUAAGCAACUGUA